AUGUUCACCAAGAUUAUAAAGAGAGGACACCGUAAGGUGGGCAAAUCGGAUGGCGCCGGCUCUGAUUACGGUUAUGCUUCGUCUAGCCGAAGCUCCGGCUCUGCCUCCACCACAAAUAUUGUCGUCAACCACGCCUCCCGUGGUGAUGCGCCAUUCAAUUCAGCCCAACAUCAAUUAAGUUCUGCUGUAGUCACUGUGCCGGAGGCUCCUGUUACUCUAGAAAACCUACCCAUGUUCAGGGACUUACCGAUUUCUGAGCGCCAGAAUCUAUUUUUAAGGAAACUUAACAUCUGCUGUUUCCAAUUUGAUUUCUCUGAUACUCUAAAGAUGGUGAGGGAAAAGGAGAUUAAAAGACAAACCCUUAUGGAACUCGUGGAUUUUAUUGAAUCUGGGUCGGGUAAAAUCACUGAAACCAGUCAGGAGGAAUUGAUUCGAAUGAUAUCUGUAAAUAUUUUCCGGUGCUUGCCCCCAGCUUCGCAUGAAAAUACGGGGUCAGAAAAUAUGGAACUCGAAGAGGAAGAGCCUUAUCUUGAAUCCUCAUGGCCACAUUUACAGCUGGUUUAUGAAUUGCUCUUGAGAUAUGUGGUUUCAUCAGACACAGAUACAAAAAUUGCCAAGAGAUACAUUGAUCAUUUCUUUGUUUUGAAGUUGCUUGAUUUGUUUGAUUCCGAGGACCCAAGGGAGAGGGAGUAUUUGAAGACAAUUCUUCAUAGGAUAUAUGGGAAGUUCAUGGUGCAUAGACCAUUUAUAAGAAAAGCUAUAAACAAUAUCUUUUAUCGAUUUAUAUACGAGACAAAAAGGCACAGUGGGAUUGGGGAGCUUUUGGAGAUUCUUGGGAGUAUAAUUAAUGGGUUUGCCCUGCCAAUGAAGGAGGAGCAUAAGUUAUUUCUUGUUCGGGCUUUGAUACCACUCCACAAACCUAAGCCAAUAGCAAUGUAUCAUCAACAGUUGUCAUAUUGCAUUACGCAGUUCGUUGAGAAGGACUACAAAUUGGCAGAUACUGUUAUACGGGGUUUGUUGAAGUACUGGCCAGUCACGAAUUGCCAAAAGGAAGUUCUCUUUCUCGGGGAGCUUGAGGAAGUAUUGGAGGCAACACAAGCUGCUGAAUUUCAGCGGUGCAUGGUCCCUCUUUUCAGGCAGAUUGCUCGUUGCCUCAACAGCUCUCACUUUCAGGUUGCAGAACGAGCUCUUUUUUUGUGGAGAAAUGAACAUGUUGUAAGCUUGAUUGCCCAGAACCGGAAUAUCAUUUUGCCAAUUAUCUUUGAAGCAUUGGAAAAGAACAUAAAGUUCCAUUGGAACCCAGCAGUACAUGGGCUCACUGUUAAUGUGCAGAAAAUGUUCGUGGAGAUGGAAGUCGAGUUAUUUGAGGAGUGCCAGAGGCAGUGUGCAGAGAGAGAAGCCAGGGCCAAAGGGUUGGAAGAGCAACGAGAAUUGACAUGGCAGAGAUUGACGGAAGCUGCUGCUCAAGGAAGAUGA